AUGCCUUACAGAAUUCCCCGUGGAAGUCUGUGGCGACUCCGACGACAUAAACGAGCGGGGCCUUCGUCGAUAAGAAAGGGUUCCGCGGGAAGAAGAUUGUGCAAACGUAUCUCUGGUUCCGUCGUGGUGUUGUCCGCCGGGGGUGGCGGUGGCAGUGGGGGCGGAGGGGGUUGCAGACGUCGUGAUUUGGAACGUCGGACGGGUGGCGGUCGGGGUGUUCCCUGUCUUGCCACCAUCAGUUCUUCUGUCGCAGGAAGUGCGGGGGGUUGUGGCCCCGUGGUGGGGCUUCCCUCGUAUAAAAAGCGCCAAGGCAGUGGCACUGUUUGGGGUCGCGGAAGUCGUGGACGCGGCAAAGGUUGCGGGGGCGGCGCGAACCUCUUUGGUUCUGGCGUCGCCCCCGCGAAUUACGCACCAGGACUGCAGGGCGUUGCGCCUGGGCUGCGGGAGGUCGUGAACAUCCUCGGCGAGAGAAAUCAAGCUGGCACCCUGACGGGCGUAGGCCCGCCACCGGGAACGCUGGAUAACGACAGCACAUGCGACGAAGAGGAGGGAACUUCCACCAAGAGACCACCAAGGCCUCUCUACAGGAGGUUAAUCAACUACGUGAGGCAAGCCUGGACCGGCGUCAAGUUCGCCUUAGACUCGGAAUACGAGGAAGAACAAACACCAAGAUACAGGCCAGACUCUUUAGCAAGUCUUUGUCGAGCGACCAGAUUCACAGAGGCCGAACUGAAGAGAAUAUAUCGUGGCUUCAAGGCUGAAUGUCCUACGGGAGUUGUCAGGGAGGAUACUUUCAAGUGCAUCUAUUCGCAGUUCUUUCCUCAAGGAGCCAAUACAAGCCAGUACGCGCAUUACGUUUUUAAUACUUUGGAUCAGGAUCACAGCGGGCUUCUCAGUUUCGAGGAUUUUGUUACGGGUUUGAGCAUACUAUCUCGUGGCUCGAUAGACGAAAAACUUCGUUGGACAUUUUCUCUUUAUGAUAUCAACGGCGACGGUUGUAUCACGAGAGAGGAGAUGACGGACAUUGUGACUGCCGUAUACGAACUGAUGGGAAAAUUUGCUGAUCCUAACUUGGACCAUGAGGGUGUACGCGAAAAAGUAGAUCGAAUGUUUCAGAAAAUGGACGGCAAUAGAGACGGCGUAGUGACACUAUCUGAGUUUUUGGAGGCAUGUCGAGCAGAUCCGGAUAUCUCAACCAGCAUGGCAGCUUUAGACACUGCCUUCUGACACUCACAGCGUCCGCGAUAUAUACCAUGGACUUGAAGGGAUCAUUCGAUUAGGAAAUAAAUCGCUCAAUGUUGUACCUUAACUCCCUGGACCAGAGAGGAAAGGAAUUCCUCAAAGUAUGUCCCGUCGUCCUGGAACGACUGAUACGCGAUUUUUCAGAAUUGAUUGUUACGAGAGACGACAUUGCGUCACUGCGCGUACUAGCUCAAGAAAAUGUACUCAGCGAAAUUUCUAGAUAUGCAAGAAAAGAAUAGUACGAAAAAGAGUAAAGGAAGAAUAUAAAUAAAUGGAGUGUUUUAGAUUUGUGACUUAGAUGUACCAAAAAAUUACAAAAGUGGUUGUCUUGUGAUAGGAAUGAAAAUUAAGCGAAUAUUUGAUUGAUGUGCUGCCUCCCUUUCCCCUGAAAUAGAAUAUAUUUGUAAAAUCAGUUAUCAGAAUUUGCAAACGAGAAAAUAUAUACAAGAACAGAUUGGAAGUAAGUAACGAGCAUGUUAUGACAGUAAAAUAAUUUUGGUAUUUUGCUUGAAAUUUGUUGAAAAAAUGACGAUAUCGUAAUGCAAAUAACAUGAUAUCUGUUAAAAAAAAAAA